AAUUUCGAAAAGUUUAUUAAACGUGUUUAGAAAAAAAAAAGAAUUGGUUGAGAACGCAAUAAAAAUUUGACAUAACGAAACAUUAAGUAUAUCAAAUAAAUGUUUGCAAAUUAAGCUUAGGGAGACAACUACUUAAAGAUAAGAAUGAGUAGGAGUAAAAAACUAAUUAUUAAGUAAUUUACAUUUUUAUAGUUCUAAUGAGUAUUAACAUUAGGAUGUUGAGAGUGGGGUUGAUAUGAAUUUUAAUUUUCAUUUGAAAUUCAUGUCGGUUACAAAGUAAAGUUUACGGAUACAAUAGAUUAUUGAAUAUUAAUAUUUAUAAUUAUCAGAUUGAACCAACUGGUUCGCCGAUCACCUACUUAAUAAAAAAGUUAUUGAUCGAAAUUGUUUUAUCUGUGAAUCUACCAUUAUUUUAAGACGAUUUAUUUGAUUUUUGUUGUGAAAAAUGGAUAGUUGAAUAUCGUUAAUUGGUCACAUUUAAGUAUAAAAAUGGAAAAAAAUUCGAUAAACAUUUCAAAACAAACUGAAAAGAAGCACACUGAACAUAGUUGCGAAGAAGGAUGUGUUUGGCCGCAAAUUUUAGCUAUUCUAGUGGGUUCGUUACCAAGUAUGAUGGAUGGAGUUUUGUUCGUUUGGACAUCACCCUUCAUAGUGAAAUUAGUCGAAGAUAAAGUGAAUUAUGACAUUACCGAAAAUGAAGCUUCAAAAUUAACUACGAUCCAACCGGCAGUUAUGGUUGUUUCCUGUCUAUUUUUAUUCAACAUAUCAGAUAAAUUGGGAAGAAAGAAAACUUUACUGUUGAUGAGCAUACCUCAAAUAAUAAGUUUACUGCUCGCUGCUUUCGCUAAAAACAUUUACGUAUUUUAUGUUUCUAGAGGUUUUGCCGGCAUCGCAAGUUCUCUUAUGUGGUGUUCGCUGCCUAUGUACAUAGGAGAAGUUGCUUCUCCGAAAGUUAGAGGCGUAUGGGGAACCACUCUAACUUCUUCAGUAUUCGUAGGGCAAUUUUUCGUGAAUGUAAUCGGUAGUUAUUUCGAUGCUGCCACAACAUCUUAUAUUUUCCUCCCAGUACCAAUUUUAUUUUUUAUAUUCUUCACGUUUAUGCCGGAAUCACCGUAUUUUCAUUUGAUGAAACAAAACGAAGAAGCCGCUAGAAGAUCGUUGAUGUUUUUAACGAGAAAAAAGAAUGUAGAUGAUGAUCUGAUUAAAUUGAAAAACGAUGUGAAUCGUCAAAUGUCUGAAUCGGGUAACUGGAAAGAUUUGAUUAAUAUACGAAGUAAUAGAAAAGCUGUUUUGAUUGCAUUCUUUUUAAGAUUCUCUCAACAGUUUUGCGGAACUUCAGUUUUGUCCCAAUACACGCAAUUUAUACUUGAAAAAGCGGGAGGUAAAUUAAAUCCGCAAGUUUCCUCUAUACUCUACAGCGGGUCCGGUCUUAUUUUUAAUUUUUUCGCAGUAGCUUUCAUAGUAGAUCGAUUCAAACGUAAAAUUCUUUACGCUUCAUCUUUAUGUUGUUGUAGUUUGAUAUUAUUCGUCUUCGGAACAUAUUUUUAUGUAGAUAAAUACUUACCUGAGCUUGAUUUAAAUUCGAUUAGUUGGUUACCGCUUACCGCUGUUGUUUCUUUCCGAUUUACUUUUUCAUAUGGCGGUGCAGUCAUACCGACCUUGAUGCUUGGCGAAUUAUUUUCUACUAGUAUUAAAGCUAAAGCCAUGAUGGUGUCAUUAUUUGUUUUUGGUAUCAAUUUAUUCGCAGUUAAUAUGAUAUUUCAUUUAUUGACUUCUAGUGUUGGAACGUACGCUCCGUUUUUCUUUUUCGCUUCAAUUACAUUCGUUAUGUCUAUAUUCGCACUUUAUUUAGUACCGGAAACUAAAGGUAAAACUUUGGAAGAAAUUCAAAAGUCAUUUAAGCAAAAAACUGAAGGAUGAUUAAGCACAAUGAAGUUGAUUGUAUCAAUAAAUGAACGAAAACAAAAAUUCAUUGGAAUUUUGAGAUAUUUGAUCAUCUUGGUUUCUUGAAUACAUAUUUCACAUAAUUAUUAAAGUUUUUAGUUUUACAAAACAACACAUUCCAUACUCUACAUCAUUCGACGUUUUUUUUUUGUUAAAAAUAGUCUUCGAGGUCCUUAUUGUCGCUUUAACUUCUUCCAUAUUUAAAAAUCUUUUCGUUUCCGUAUAAAAAUGAGAAUAAUCACAAGGAGCAAGGUCGGAAGAGUUUAUUACUUUUAUUUUUGUUUUAGAUGUAACGUAUGUCAAGAUAGUUUUGGCACAAAAUAUCAAUAAAUCAAUUAAUCUUUUCUUAUUUGCCAUUUAACGACUUAUUUGUGUCUUUAUUUAGAUAAUUGUACGUUUGUUUCUUAGUUUUUUACAAGCUUUUGUCUACAAAUUUGAACAAUCUUUUAUCAAUAAACCAUUUAUCUAUAUUUCUCUCUCUAAAAAAGUUAAUAACUUGAGCUAAAUGGAAGGGGCUGUGUUCCUCAACAUCAUUUUCUACGAACUUCUAUUUCACGAUUUUUUCUAAAAACUCUACUACCUCAUUCAUACAUUUUGCCUGAUGAAAGUGCCCAAAAAUCGUUAAUUUGACGAGCCCUGGGUAAAUUGGGAAGGCUCAGGAUCGUUUAAUUUAGUGAGACAAUUGUAAAUCUGUCUGUCUGGAGAUCCCUCUUGACAAAAUCGCGCACCAGAUCAGAGCUUUGUCAUCGAAUUUUGCUUUUUCUUUAUGUUUUUCAUUAUCUUCUAUAUUGUUAGUUUGAAAACCAUCGCUUCCUUUCAUCUCCGAAUUGGUAAUUGUGAAGUAUUUUUUAUCGUUCAUAACAAUAAUCUUUCCAUUCGUAAAAUGUAUCCGCCUUAGUUGAAAACUGUAUUCGUGCUAAUUGAUUUAACCUCGACCUCCUUGAAUUUAUAUUUACGCGGUAAUUUCCUUAGGGAAUCCCAGACUCUGUCUUUUGAUCUUCUCAUCAGACUUUCUUGGUUAAAAAUUCUUGUUUUUUCAUUUUUUAUGGGAUUUAGACAUGGUAUUCCUUCUUCACAUUCAGUUAUAGCACGGUAAAUGUUGUAUGUAUAUACAGAUUUGGGGUCUUGUAUACACUGAGAUCCAAAGGAUCUAUUGCGUCCCCCUUUCUUGCUGCGAUACUGAAGAAUCCAGUGUUUACAGCUGAUCUGUUAAUCCCACACCUUUUACAAUGUCUAGAAUGUGGGAUGACUUUAAUUGCUAGAGAUCUUCAUCUUCUAUGUCGAGCGCUCCCAGGUGGAGAGCCCUGGAGCUCCUCAGUGUUUAACACUUCGAAAGAAUGUGGAAAGAGGUUUCGUCCUCUGUGCAACAAAAUCUACAGGGGUAUGUUAAGGCGAACUCCUAGUAUUCGUAGAUUGUUCUUAUUUAGAUUGACAAAUUUAUCUGGAUAUAUUUUCCUAGAACAGUCUUUGUCCAUUUCAUCCGCUGUAGGUUGUCCCAAUAAUUGGUUUUGCUCCUUUCUACCUUCUUUGUCUAUUUCAUCCGCUGUAGGUUGUCCCAAUAAUUGGUUUUGCUCCUUUCUACCUUCUUUGUCUAUCUCAUCCGCUGUAGGUUGUCCCAAUAAUUGGUUUUGCUCUUAACUACCGUCUUUGUCCAUUUCAUCCGCUGUAGGUUGUCCCAAUAAUUGGUUUUGCUCCUAUCUACCUUCUUUGUCUAUUUCAUCCGCUGUAGGUUGUCCCAAUAAUUGGUUUUGCUCCUUUCUACCUUCUUUGUCUAUUUCAUCCGCUGUAGGUUGUCCCAAUAAUUGGUUUUGCUCCUUUCUACCUUCUUUGUCUAUUUCAUCCGCUGUAGGUUGUCCCAAUAAUUGGUUUUGCUCUUAACUACCGUCUUUGUCCAUUUCAUCAGUUGUAGGUUGUCCCAAUGAUUGGUUUUGCUCCUAUUUACCUUUUUUUCUAGUGCUUUUUCCAUUGUUCUGCAGCUUAUAGCAUAGAAGGGUUCGGGUCCCAUGAAGAUCUUGUCUGCACCAGCUUUUAACGAACUUUAUUUUUCUUGCCUAGCUCCUAUAAUUUUUCUAGGCAAUCCCAAACGAGUUUGGACGGUAAAUGUUGUUGCGUGGGAUAUUUUGGUUUUGAAAAAUGCGAACCACGUCAGGCUUAAGGAUCUGUCCAACCAAAUUAUAAAUCCUUUUUAUAUUUCCAACUGAUAUAAAAAAGGAGUUGUAUUACUGAUAUCAAGAAAAUCAAUAAUUUUUUGUUUACGAAGCCAUUUUACAACUUAUUUUUAAACUAUUCCAAAUUUUCUAAAUUUCCAAAACUAUUGCAACAUACGUUAUAUCUGAUAAUAUGUUUCUUAUUUUUAUUAAAUUAUUUAUUUAUUUAUUUAUUAUAUAGUACAGUAGAUGCUAUAAUAUCAUCGUAUGUACACUUCGAGAGAUGAUUCCAAUAUUUUAAAUACAAAAUCUUUAGAACAAAGUAGAUAGUAGAUUAUAUAUAUUUAAAUAAAUUCAAUUACCAAAA